AUGGCUAGCGGCAGCAGCACUCCGGGGAAUUUCACUGGCUCGCCAGCUACGCCGGUCUCUUCAGCUCCGAGGACCAACUCGUCCGCCGUCCCGCGCCCCUCGCCAGAUCGGCCUACCGACACGAGUAACCCUCAGCAGCAGCCUCCCACAGUCCAGUCUCUCUACGGCGGGAUGAAACCAGAGAUCGUGAUGGCGAUAGUCUUGGGGGCAUGUUUCGGAGGCGUUCUGCUUGUGCUUGGCUGUCUGUUCGUUUAUACUCGUUGCGUACGCCCCCGGUUGAUCGAGAGAGCCAAGCUGCGAAAGGCUGCUGCUGCUAAGGAUUCUGAUGGCUCGACUUCGGUUUAG